AUGGCCAGCCUUUCCAGAUCAGUCAAUCUUCUCUUGAAGAGCAGCAGGUCCUCCCUGCUGCGUCCUCGCGCUGCCAACCCGGUGCACCAUGUCCUCUCCCACGAGAGGUUCGCUGCUCGUUCCUUCGCAACUGCUUUCGAGCGCACAAAGCCCCAUGUCAAUGUCGGUACAAUUGGUCACGUUGACCACGGCAAGACCACCUUGACCGCCGCCAUCACAAAGCGCCAGGCUUCGAAAGGAAUGGCCAACUUCCUCGAAUACGGCGCUAUCGACAAAGCCCCCGAAGAGCGAAAGCGUGGUAUCACUAUUUCGACCGCUCACAUUGAGUACGCGACCGAAAAUCGCCAUUAUGCCCACGUCGACUGCCCUGGUCACGCCGAUUACAUUAAGAACAUGAUUACAGGUGCCGCAAACAUGGACGGUGCAGUUGUCGUCGUUGCCGCUUCUGACGGUCAAAUGCCCCAGACCCGAGAGCACUUGCUGCUCGCCCGCCAAGUCGGUGUCCAGAAGAUCGUCGUCUUUGUCAACAAAGUCGACGCCGUGGAGGACCCUGAAAUGUUGGAACUCGUCGAGUUGGAGAUGCGUGAGCUCUUGACUCAAUAUGGAUUCGAGGGUGAAGAGACCCCGAUUGUAUUUGGCUCUGCCCUCUGCGCCUUGGAAGGCCGCAAGCCUGAGAUUGGCGAACAAAAGAUCGAUGAGCUCAUGGAUGCCGUUGACACCUGGAUUCCUACCCCCCAGCGCGACCUUGACAAACCCUUCCUGAUGUCUGUUGAGGAAGUUUUCUCUAUUUCUGGACGUGGUACUGUGGCCUCGGGCCGUGUCGAGCGUGGUGUUCUCAACAAGGAUUCCGAAGUCGAGAUUGUCGGUUUCUCGAAGAGUGCCCUGAAGACCAAGGUCACCGACAUUGAAACCUUCAAGAAGUCAUGCGAUGAGUCUCGUGCUGGUGACAACUCCGGCCUGCUCCUCCGUGGUAUCAAGCGCGACGAUGUCCGACGUGGUAUGGUUAUCGCUGCUCCCGGAACUACCAAGGCCCAUGACAACUUCCUGGUUUCCAUGUAUGUCUUGACUGAGGCUGAAGGUGGUCGCCGUACUGGAUUCGGAUCCAACUACCGCCCCCAGGCUUUCAUUCGCACUGCCGACGAGGCCGCUUCCCUUAGCUUUCCCGGCGAGGACCAGUCUAAGAUGGUCAUGCCUGGUGACAACGUCGAGAUGGUCUUGAAGACACACCGUCCCGUCGCUGCCGAGGCCGGUCAGCGCUUCAACAUCCGUGAGGGUGGUCGCACUGUCGCCACUGGUCUUAUCACUCGUGUCAUCGAGGCCAAGGAGGCCAAGGAGGCAAAGAAAUAA